CAUGCUUUUUUCGUACAGACAACAACACCACUAGAUAAGAAUACGUAGUUAAUUUUAUUUGACAUAAUCUCAUCGCUGGGGUCCUCUGCUUUUAUCAGGAGAAAACCGAAUUUACUAGUCACGGCUGCAUAAUCGCAUCUACUCAGUUCUGAUCGGACAGUCUGAAGCGAGAGAUGUCCCACAACAAAGAAUAUGUUCUCUAUGGCGGACAACUGAAGUCCAACAUCCACUGCGGAUGUUCCUCACUGGGAGCGUUGAUUAUUCAACGCUUGAAAGAACACGGAAAUGAAGUUGCAUUUAUUGAUGCUGUGUCCGGCAGGACUAUGACCUUUCAACAAAUACUGGAAAGUUCUACGAGCGUUGCUAGCCGCAUGAAGCAUUACGGUCUUGGAAAGAGAUCCACCAUUGGCAUUAUGAGCGAAAAUCGUCUAGAAUACUCGAUCGCAGCAUUUGCUACCAUUUUUGUAGGAGGCAUCCUCAUUCCACUGAAUCCUAAUUACACUCCGACAGAAUUUCAGCACGUACUAAAUCUAAUCAAACCCCAAUCGAUCUUUACAUCUGCCAGAGCUUGCGGUACGCUUAAGUCAGCCAUGUCGGGAGAUUCAUCAAUCAAAUUCAUAGUUUCGUUUGACAACGAGGUUGACGAGCCGUGUAUGAAGCCUUUCGGUGAGUUCCUGAAAAGUGGCACGAGAGAAUCGAUCAUACCUGAUCCGGUAAUUCUUAAAAAUGACGUUGCCAUUAUGGUUCAUUCAUCUGGAACUACCGGUUUGCCGAAGGCAGUUCAACUGACACACUUCAACGUAAUGACCGUCGUUGCGUACAUGCGUGAGGAUCCCCGAAUGAACGAACUAUCCGUCCCAAUUCGUAUUUUAGGACUUCUUCCAUUUUACCAUGUCUAUGGUUUUAUGCUGAUGCUGAACGUUUGUUGCAAUCGGUAUUCGAUGGUAGUACUGCCUCGUUUUGAACCAGAUCUUCUGUUACGAAGCAUUCAAGAUCAUAAGGUUACAAUGGCACACUUGGUUCCACCGUUGGUCGUGUUUCUAGCAAAACAUCCAUCCGUUGAGCAGUAUGAUUUGAGUUCACUACAGGCGGUACUCUGCGGAGCUGCUCCCCUUAGCUUGGACAUAGAGCUGCAGGUGGUUCGUAGAUUACCUCACAUUCAGAAUAUUCGAAACACAUAUGGGAUGAGUGAGGCUUCCUUGGGUGUACUAUCGAAGAUCAAUGGGAAACCAGGGACUGUUGGACGUGUUCACAAAACCACCUGGAUGAAGGUAGUUGAUAUUGAAUCAGGGAAAACAUUGGGACCUUAUCAGGUUGGAGAAAUAUGUAUCAAAGGUCCUCUAGUUAUGAAGGGAUAUUACAAAAACGAGCAAGCAACUCGAGAGACGAUUGAUUCUGAUGGUUGGUUACACAGUGGAGACACCGGCUAUUUCGAUGACGAAGGGGAUUUUUUCAUCGUGGAUCGAAUCAAGGAGCUCAUCAAGUACAAGGGAUUUCAGGUGGCACCGGCAGAGGUGGAGGAUAUUUUGUUGAGUCAUCGCAAGAUACGGGAUGCAGCAGUAGUUGGGAUUCCAGACGAGGAAAGUGGAGAGCUGCCAACAGCGUUUGUUGUGCUUCAGGAAGGUGAACAACUUUCAGUGGCUGAUGUUCAACGGUUUGUGGCGUCUAAACUAUCUCCUCAGAAGCAUCUUCGCGGGGGUGUAUAUUUCCUGCAAGAGAUUCCAAAAACCGGAAGUGGCAAAAUACUUCGCCGUGAGUUAAGAGAUCGGUUUUUGGGAAAGACGACAUCGAAGUUAUGAACAAUAUUAGAAGCAAUACAUUCACAAUGGAAUAGACGGGUAAUGAGGCAUUAGACACAAAAGAACAUGUGCUUUUUAUAAUUCAAAUCUCAAUUUGUUCAUCGAGCACAUGUUCUGUUGUGCACAAGGAUGUCAAACUAGAUGUGAAAGCAUUUUUAACAGUGUAAUAAUAAUAAUAAUUUUGUGCUCAUUUGAGCAUGACCAAUUGAAAGCGUGGUGUGGUCAACUCAAACGGGCUUCUUCACUCAUCAAAAAGUUAAUAAAUAAAUAAAUAAAAAAGAAAAAAAAAACAAGAAUAACACUGCUUGACAAAAUUUAAAAAAAAUAGUGAUAUGGGAGGAAAAAAAACAGGGUUUUGGGACCCUAGAAGUGUCAUAGUGAAAGAAUUUUUGAAAAAUAUUGGACCUGGCCUUCACAGUUGAUGACUGAAGUUUGUAUGGAGAACUUGAGGUGUGCUUUAAUUAGUUUCGUUAUUUUCAAACAGAUUUUCAUUAUUUUUUCACGAAUGCUAUUCUAGGGACAUUGUAGAUUGUACAUUGUAGAUUGUAGAUAUA